AUGGCCUCUUCUAUCGGUGCCCGAGAGAGCCAGGCCGAGUUUUACAAGGAGAACGAGCCGCUGGUGGGCACCGCUCUCGGUGUGGUUAUCAACUUACUCGCCCUCGCAACGGUCACGGCAUGUUUCACACAGCGAUACUUGGCGGUGAGGAGAUGGCGUAGGCUGGCGUUUAUACCAUGGCUGGUCUUCACCAUCUACGCCGACUCGUGGACUUUCAUCUUCACGACUGCGGUCCUGCAACAUGGGCUAGGAGUAGCCUCGACGUAUGAGACGUGCUCGGCGGCCACUUUCCUCUGUCUUCUUUUCUACGUGACGACGAAGUUUAUAUACCUAUUCCUCGUUGAGAGAGCCUUUGUCAUCAGGAAUGGCUACAAGUCAAGGCUCAAAUCCAAGUUGUACCUGGUCAACUCGUUUGGCAUGAUUACUAUUUAUAUCACCGUUGGAAUUCUAGACAUUGUAUUCCGGAUCACAGAGUGGGAAAAAGGAAGCUGCCGGAUUGGCAUGCGGAAGGUUUCCAUGAUACCCAUGAUUUCGUUUGACUUUUUUGUAAAUAUGUACCUUACGACGCUAUUCCUCAUCCCUUUGCGGCGACUCUACGCCCGCAAACAUCUACCCCAAAACCCAGCUUCUGUUCGACUUCGAGCAGCUGCGUUGAGAGCAUUCAUAGGAGGAUGCUGCACCACGGCAAGCAGUAUAGUCAACCUGACAAUACUUAUGAUCAUGGAGGGCCAACCCGCUUGGAUAUGUCUCAUGUGUUGUAAUGCGGAUAUACUUUUCUCUGCCGUGGUGAUCCAAUGGGUAACUUCCAAAGAC